UUAGCUGGAUCUGAACAAGUUUGUUUUCAGAUUUCCUCGGCAGGUUUGUUUGGAAUGCCAGCCAGUGGGAUGCGGCUUUGUGAGCGGGUGUCAGCAGAGGGAGAUGGAAAGGAGAGGCGAGCUGUUACCGCUGAACUCGGUGGCGUGAGGAGCCUGGGCAUUGUGGUGCGCAGGAAUUCACGCUUACAGCGUGAACUCAAGCAAGAAGGCUCCUUGUGUGCUCAGCACUGUCUGAAUAAUUUGCUACAAGGGGAAUAUUUUAGUCCUGUUGAGUUAUCCUCUAUUGCACAGCAGUUGGAUGAGGAAGAAAGAAUGAGAAUGGCAGAAGGAGGAGUGUCUAGUGAGGAAUAUAGAACAUUUUUACAGCAGCCUUCUGUAAACAUGGAUGAUAGCGGAUUCUUCUCAAUUCAAGUUAUAAGCAAUGCCUUGAAAGUUUGGGGUUUAGAACUAGUCCUCUUCAACAGCCCAGAGUAUCAGAGACUUGGGAUCGACCCUAUAAAUGAAAAAUCAUUUAUUUGUAAUUAUAAGGAACACUGGUUUACAGUUCGAAAGUUAGGAAAACAGUGGUUUAACUUGAACUCUCUCUUGAUGGGUCCAGAACUAAUAUCAGAUACAUAUCUUGCACUUUUCUUGGCUCAAUUACAACAGGAAGGUUAUUCCAUAUUUGUAGUAAAAGGUGACCUGCCAGACUGUGAGGCUGAUCAGCUAUUGCAGAUGAUUCGGGUUCAGCAGAUACAGCGACCAAAACUAAUUGGAGAAGAGACAGCACAAUCAAGAGAUCAGAGGCUACCCAGAAGUGAUAUGGAACAAGCAAUAGAUGUUAACCAUCCUUUUGAUGGAACAGGCAUGCUAGAUGAAGAUGAAGAGAAUUUUCAGAAAGCCCUGGCUCUAAGUAGGCAGGAAAUGGAUAUGGAAGAUGAAGAAGCUGAUCUUCGCAGAGCCAUCCAACUCAGUAUGCAAGGUAGUCGUCGAAGUGACAGCUCAGGCUCAUCACCACAGAACAUUCCUCAGUUACCUCACACCAGUCAGACAGACUCCCUUUCUUCAGAAGAACUGCGAAGGAGAAGACAAGCGUAUUUUGAAAAGCAGCAGCAACAGCAGCAAGAUCAGGCCCAAAACCUACACAAUAAGCCAGCUCUAAGCUCAAGCACUCUGGAAGCUGACCCAGGAGGUGAUAUGAGUGAAGAAGACAUGCUUCAGGCAGCUAUGAAUAUGUCUCUGGAAUCCGUUAGAAACAACUUGAAUACAGAAGAGGAGAAAUGAAUUAACUUUUUUCCUCUUAUUGUCAAAACACUUAAGUCUCCAUUAUAAUUUUUCUGUGUGGAUGUUGCAUAAGCAGGGUGCAUUUUAGAGUUCUGGAAGCAGGAAUGAAAGGGGGACUGGAAGUCAGUGCGGAGGGAAUCCGCAAUUACAAAAAAGAUUGCACUAAUUUACAAAACUUUAGCACUCCUACUACAGAACCUUUGUUCACAAGAGUAACUGUAUUAAAAUUACUUAAACUGUUCACAUGAACCAAGUUAGAUGUGUAGCAGAAGGAAUUUGCAUUUUAAAAGCAAGUUUAAAUUGAGAAAUUUUAAAGGAAAUACAGAAGGUACUGAAAGGUGGCAUCAACUGAUUUCCUUCAGUAUCAAUGGAAAAACAGAUACAAGUAAUAAACUGUACUCAUAAAUGACGAAUUUCUUUGUAAAGAAUCCCUUAAAAUGGGAAAAAGAAUUCUGUUUAUCUUAGACAAUUUGUUUUGUGAUUGUUUAUUGUGAAUGACUUAAUGUCAACUUUUCAAUCCUGCUGUCCACUUUUGAAAUGACCCAUUUUGCAGGAGAGACAAAAAAUCAUAGAACAGUUUGGGUUGGAAGGGACCUUCAAAAGUCAUCUAGUCCAACCCACCUGCAAUGAGCUGGGACAUCUUCAACUAGAUCAGGCUGUCUAGAACCACAUCGUGCCUGGCCUUCAGUGUCUCCAGGGAUGGCACAUCCACCACCUCUCUGGGCAACCUUUGCCAGUAUUUUACCAUCUUCAUUGUAAAGAAAUUUUUCCUCGUACUGAGUCUGAAUCUCCCCUCCUUUAGUUUAAACCAUUACUCCUCAUCGCAACAGGUCCUGCUAAGAAUUCUCUCCCCAUCUUUCUUACAGGCCCCUUUUAAGUACUGAAAGGCUGGAGUAAGGUCUCCCCAGUCUUCUCCAGGCUGAGCAACCCCAAUUCUCUUAGCUGUUCCUCAUAGCAGAGAUGCUCCAUCCCUCUGAUCGCUUUUGUGGCCCUUCUCUGGACCCUCUCUAACAGGUCCAUGUCUUUCCUGUACUGAGGACUCCAAAGCUGGACACAGCAUUCCAGGUGGGAUCUCACCAGCGCAGAGUGGAGAGGCAGAAUCACCUCCCUUGACCUUCUGGCGAUGCUCCUUUGAACAAAGCCCAAGAUAUGAUUGGCCUGGGCUGCAAGUGCACAUUGCUGUCUCAUAUCCAAUCUUUAAUCCACUAGUACCCCCAAGUCCUGGAUAACUCCCAGUCUGAGUCUUGGGGUACUCUCAUUCCCUUAUCCCCCAGGCUGUAUUGACACCAGGGGUUGUCCUAAUCUAGGUGUAGGACCCUGCACUUGGCCCCAUUGAACCUCAUGAGGUUUGCACAGGCCCACCUCUCGAGCCUGUCCAAGUCCCUCUGAAUAGCUUCCCAUCCUUUAGGUGUGUCAGCUGUACCAUGCAGCUUUGUGUCAUCUGCAGACUUGAUGAUGAUGCACUCAAUCCCACAGUCUGUGUGGCUGAUGAAGAUUCUAGAGUACUGGUCCCCGUACAGACCCCUGAGAAAUGAAUUUUGCAAUUCAAGAGAUAAUCAUCAGUGUGCUGUUGAUAAUGAUGUUACUCCUGAAUCGGUGACCUCUGACCUUCUAACACUUUCUGGUUUUACUUUGAAUUCCAACUCUAAAAUUUUCAGAUUCAUGAUUAAAGCAGGAUUUUUGCAUUGCCCUAUUAUCUUUUGGCAGAUACACUUGACACCUUUGGUUUUGGGGGGUUUUGGGGUUUGUUUUUUUUUAAUUUGUUUUUGUUUUCUUAGGCUCUUUCCAGUUAUGCCACUGUCUUUACUACAAAAGCAGCAUAUAAUCAGUUGGGUUGAACAAGUUUUAUUUUCUACCUUUUCUGGAGUCUUUUUUUCCUCUUCAAGCUCAACCUUUCCAGUCUUUCAGUAGGGAAGAGCUGUAACUGAGUCUAGGAGAAAGGAGGAGGGGAUUUAUGUGCCAUGAAGUCAGUGCCACACAAAUAAGGUGCAUUCUUGCAGUCUGAAAUGACCCCUGUGCAAAUCACUCAUUUAAGAAUGAAUAUUUAUGUCUGUGUGGAUGUUCUUUCUGAAACGCUUUUCAUGAGUGUCUGUCAGAAUGUUGCAGCCUUUUCAGGAAUGGCCUUUAUUAGUGCACCUUACAAUUUUUUAUCAUGCUGUUUCUGAUCCUGAGAAAAACUGGGGAGCAAAGUAUGCGAGUAGCUUAAGCUAUUGGUUGUAAGACAGUUGCUUUGAUAUCCAGGAUGAAUGUGUAAGAGGGUGACCAAACCUGACUUUCAACUUCAGUGCAACAAUUGAAAUAUGUUACAUUUUCCUAAAUGGUGCUUGAAACACAAGUUCUGUUUACAUCUAAAUUAAACGGAAGUAUGUUGUAGAUAGGGUAUGUAAGCUGUAGUCCACAUAAUGCAUUGUUAGCACAGGCAUUCUGAGAAUCUUUUGAAGAUAACCCUCAAUUUCUUUAUCAAAAUAUUCUAAAGUUAGAUCAUUGCACACUAGUAACGUUUAAUUAAAAUUAGUAUGAAAUGAAUGGUAUCUAGAUGGAAAUACACAUUCAGCAUCAAGUAGUACUGUAUGUGAAAGGGCUUUUACCUCUCAGUAAAGAUUUGUUUACAACACUGGUUUCUUGAUAUCUGAGGAUAUUAUUAUGUUAUACCUAAUUGGACCUAAUUCUGUUUUCCUUAGCUGUGUGCUGAAUUUCCACCAAUGUCAUCAGAACCACUGUAUGUGUUAGUAUGGAUUUUGGCAUGCAACAGCGCUACUUUUUAAAAGCUUAUUUUAAAUUUUGUCUUUUAAAAUAACUCUGUUAUGCGCAUUAUAAUUAAUAGCUGUAAUGUCUCAAAAUAAUACAGCUAAACAACGGCUUUAAAAGCCCAUGUGUGCAUAUACCAUUUUGAAAUGCUAUGUAUGUUUUUCAGGAUGAAAAUUUCUGCCUUCAGUUUAAAAUGUAUAUGAAACUGAAACUUUCUUUCCUGAAGUCUCUAAAGCACUGAAUUGUUUCCUUGCUUGUCUGUAAAUCCACAGCUUUAAUUUCCCGUCUUUUGUUGUGCCAUGAACUGAUUCUGAAAUAAGACUCUCUGUUUUAUAAAUAGGUAUAGGCUGGCAAUUUGAUACCAGUACUUGGAACCUGGACCUUUUAUUCCCUAUUAUAUAAAAAUAUAUUAUUUCUAUAGCUAUAUAGUGUGGCAGCCCUAUAUUAAAAAUAUAAGAAAAAAAAAGCCCCUUGAAUUGCAUUAACUGUAACCUGUGACAAUUACAUGUUUUUUAUAAUCACUAAAGCAUGGAGGUUUGCAUUUGAACUUUCUUGCCACUUUGUAAAUUACUUUAUCACCCAAGUGUUUUAAUAUGUAGGGAACAUAAACAAACAGUGCCUGAAAAGCACAUCUGUGUCAGUCAUUACAGGGCUAACCAUACUCCCUUCUGUGCAGAAACACUGUCACUCUGCAAAUACCAGUUUAAUUUUCAGAGGUAUGUCCAGUUUCAUGAAGUAGGUAUAUCAGCCUAGUCAAGGAGCUAGAGGUAGUAAUUUAAGCUAUGUAUGUUAAUUGCACCAAAGGAAAAGACUAAUACUAAUUGGUUACAGUAUACAUUUUAUAACCCAGACCUAAAGUUCAAAAUGUGUGGACCUGCCAAGAAGCUGUCAAUAAAAAGCCAGUCUCAUUUUUUGGUGUGCAUUCUUUUGGUGAUAAGCAGUCCUCAACGUGGCUGAACUAUACUCAUAAAGCAUUUACUAAUAGAGAGCCUAUUCCUACUGUUAUCUGUUCUGCCAAGCUGUUAAGUGUUUUUUUGCAUGUUGUAGCUUUAGGCCAAAGUCCAUUGUAAAAGAGCAGAAACUGUUUUGUUGUUUGUUUUUUUUUUUAAAUUACAGUAUGAUAUAUGAGGGAAUUUUAGACUUCUUUCAGCCAACAUAUUUUUACUGUCUUCCUCGCAGUGAGCAGUCUAUGUGACUGCUAUGUAAUUCAUGUUUUCCUGCCUAUAGACAUCAAAGGGGUAGGCAAAAUGAGUGAUACUUAUAUUAAAUAUCUUUCAAAAUUACUUCUGUAAGCAUAAGCUGUAAACUGUUUUCAUGGUCUUGUAAUGAGGAUGGGAGGAAAAAGUGUUGUAGAAUCAUGGAAUAGUUAGGGUUGGAAAGGACCUUAAGAUCAUCUAGUUCCAACCCCCCUGCCAUGGGCAGGGACUCCUCACACUAAACCUUGUCACCCAAGGCUCUGUCCAACCUCACCUUGAACAUCACCAGGGAUGGAGCAUAAAUGCAUUCAUUUGUAAUGCAGUCAUGCUUGAAUGCAAUUCUUGUUAGGCACAGCAGGUAUAAAUAUGAGUUAUUUAGAAGUUCUAAUUUUUCUGGUCUUGAAACUAAUCUGGUACAAUCCUGGCUUACUCUCCAACAUUUGGGCUCCUUGUGCCCUUUAAAUAACUUCAGAAAGUUUAAAUGUAAUUUUCAGAUAAGGUACUAUUUUUCAUACUUACUUACUUUGCAGGCUACUUAAAAAUAACCAAUACAAAGUUAAAUUUCCAAUGUGUUUUAAUGUUGGACUAUUAUUACUAUUACAAAUCUGUAAAAUGGUGGGGAGUUUAAAAUGUCUUCUGCACAUGUCUAGUAAAGAAUUGUAUUUCUGUAUCUCAAGACUAAUAUUAUUAUUUGCAACCUGCUUUAUUACAAAACUGACAAGCUUUUACAAAUUACCAAGAACAUGUUACAGUUCUAAAAUGAAAUUUCCUAGAAUUUACUGUUUCAAAAGUUGAUGAAAACAUACAAAUGGUGGCCUUUUUACUGGGGAAUGGGAUUGGAGAACUCUAGUUACUCAGACUUGCAAAGGCGUAUGAUUGUACAACUCAUUUUACCAGGACAUAAUUUUAACAGAAUCAAAAAGAA